AUGGUGGUGUUUGUUGACUAUGACCAUGACCUCGGCAACCGUACGCCUAAGGGCCCGGAUGCAUUCCAACCAUACAUCGAGCCUGUGAAGCCGGCGCUUUCAAAGCUAAGCGUUGGCUUCGAAGUCGAGAAGCCUGCUGAAGCUUCAUCGGACGCUCCAAGCACCGCUGAGCAGCAUUCCGUUCGGGAUGCGUUCUCAGUAGCUCUAGGCUGCUAUCCGAUAGCCAAGGAGAUUGCACGCGCAGUCGACCUUAACACGCUGUAUGCCCUGUCAGGGACGUGUCGGCAGUUCUAUGCGAAUCUAUUUCCGUACCGGAAGCAGCUCGCCAAGCAGACUCUACGUUGCGAGAAUGAAUACAUUGAAACUCUUUCGGAUAUGCUGCACAGCGGUACCGCGAUUCCUGAUGGCGUCAAGUCGGUGAUUCGACUGCUCAGUCGGGGUGCGCUGAGCACUGGGCAACAACUCACGAGCGGCAAGAUCGCGAAAUGUGCUCGUGAUAUGGUUGCCGAGUGUCGGGGAUGCUCGAAGGUUGUCUGUCGGAACUGUACGGCCAAACCCCCGAACAGCGCGACUCUGAAGAACCGCAUCCGCCGACUAUGUACCACCUGCCGGAAAGCACCGCUGAACAGCCUCAUCUCCCCAUCCCUCCACGCUCCUAUACCUUCAGUAUCCGAUUCCACUCAGUCUGCCGUCUUCUUACGGGAUACAUGCACCUGCCAGGACGUCCUUUGGCUGUGCAAUCAAUGCGGCCAGAAACUCCGUAGGAAUGAUACUACCUACCGCCGGGUGUGGACCUGGCGCACCCGGUACAGCACAUACCUCGGCGGACUAGGAACCGGAAUUGGCGAAGGCUGCCAGGGCGUCAAAUGCGGUCGCGGCGAGAGCUGCCUUGCGGCGCAGGAAAUCGAGCUGGAAGUAGAGUGCGAGGCAGACGAGUCUAUGUCCCACAGCCCUCCCGAAUACGGCUACCAUUUCGGACAUCGAUUCGAUCAGGACCAUAGUUCUCAUAAUCACUCUGGUCAGAGGUGGGUAGACCCCGAUGAAAAAGAGCCCGGGUAUCUACGCCAGGAAAUUGAUGGAAUUGGAGGGAGAGUGAAACAGAGGGCGAAGAAGAGGGUCUUGGUAGGUGCCUGUGUGCCGGAGUAUGAGGAUGAAAGGGAUACGGGAGAUUAUCUCACCCGUGAGGAAGAUGGAUUGCACCGAAGUUGGUGCGGUUGGUGUUGGAGGGUCGUUCCUGCUAAGCAGGAGGCAUCUGCUGUGCAGGUGUAG